AUGUUAGAAAUUGGAGCAUUAAGACAAGGCGUAUAUAAGAGUGUACCUUCAUUUUGGGCAAAAAUUCAGAAAUAUGGCGAUCAACUCGGUUAUACUCCAGCACAGAAGAAAACUUACUUCUUAUCUGGAAUUAGACCUGAUAUUAAAGAUGAAAUUUAUAGAAUUGGUCAAACAAAACCUAUUAACGAUAUUAUUGAUAGUUUUGCAGAACUUGAAUUACAUCAUAGAAUAUUACAACAGGCACUAUCUCAACCUCGCCAUGUAUCUAUUGCUUCUGCUAUUCCAGAU